AUGGCAGUGGGUGACGUUGUCGAGUCUGGUGCACAAUUAGACCACGACUUUAGUCCUCACGUGAAGAUUGAGUCGAGUCCACUGGCUGUAUUGUUUCGCAAUUCCUUCAUACAGAUCAGCAUGCCUGUGGAAGGCGUGCACCAGAUCUCCACUUUUCCACCACUGUCAAAUCUGCUGCCAUCCGCGGUAGCCGAUAACUAG